CAAUGUUGACAGUAAUAUUGGUGACAAUGACAAUGAUAUUGGUGAUGAUGAAGAUAUUGGUGAUGAUAAAGGUAUUGGUAACAAUGAAGAUAUUGGUAAUGAAGAAGAUAUUGGUGAUAAAAAAAAUAUUGGUAACGAUGAAAAUUAUAUUAGUGAUGAUGAAGACACCUUUUAA